AGUGAGCUAGUGAGGGUCUCAUCACUUGAGCCGGAAAGUAGUGCACAGGAAGAGCGUGUUACCUGCGAUGGUGUUUGUGGCUUUGUUGAACAUUCGCCUGCAAGCGUGAUUAAGUGGAAAAUUUCCAGCCAUGAUCCCGGCAUAACAGUAGUGGGAUCGGAGCUAACGGGGUUGGGCGGGUUGUUGUACAAUGACGAAGUUGAUUCGUGUUUUGUUGAACUAGGGUGCGUGGAUGUGUGCAAAGCUAGUGAGCCCUGCUCAGGAAAUCAGGCGGUUGGUUUUAUUGUGAACUUUUAUGCUCUGGUUUUGACCUUACGUAGUUUUCAAAGCCUCCAAUCAGACACACAAAAUUUCAGACCCCUCGUCCGUUAACAAUUUUAUGCCCCUUUUUGUAUAUUAGAUAAAAUUGUGGCUUUAUUGAUGUGCUCUGUGUACAAAUAUUAUUAAAAAUAAGCAAAAAGGUAUCCUAAACGGAUAGACUAAGGACGUUAAAAUAAGUGCAAAGAUGUUUUCAGGUAUGAUAAAACUUUUGACAAGGAUGAGUUGAUUUCAAAUGAUUUUAAGCACGCUAUUCCUUCAUAACCAAAUUAGGACUUCCACAACGACGUCACUGGAAGACCUGAAAUCAGUUUUACCUUUGAAAAUUAUUGUUGUUUGUUACCUCAUAUUAGAUUCUAGGAGAAACAAGUUUCAAGAAUUAACAAAGUACAGUCAUUAUUUUACAAAUGAACGUCUAAUAUAACUGCAAGUAUUCAACUUGAUGGAUCUCAACGAACUCGUAAAAUAUAAAACGCCGCUGCACUUCUGACAGAUCCCUAAUACAGGUGUAGGACAUCGACGCCCAAAUUUAGGGUUCUACAACGUCUUGUUUAGAGGUUAUGGGGUGGAUAAUUUUGUACCCCAAAGAGGAUGAGUGUAGAAGUCGUCUUUUAGGAAAUUAAAUUGAAGUGAAAAGGAAAUUUUCACGUAAUCCGUAGUAAGCUUAAGGUAAUCCAAGCGGGAGGUGUUGAGGAGAAUGAAGAAAAUAGAAGAAAACCUAGCUGUAAUAACAAUUUUACGAAGAGGUCUAAAAUAAGAUACCGCAGAAUGUGUAAUGAUUUGCUAAAAAUAAUUCAAUGUAUUUUCUAAAAAUAUGUUAUAUCUAUUUUAGAGCUUGGCUGCUGGAUGUGAACUAAAGUAUCGACUUCAACAUAGUUGUCCCUAUGCAAAAGAGUAUCGAGGACAUGUGAGGAAUAAAGUAAAGAGAACAAGAAAAGUACUCGGCGCCUGGUGCUUUCAUCUGUUUUUCGGUGUCUGGAACUGCUGAUGAAACACUCCCACUUGUUUUUGACAUAUUACUGGAAAAGCAUUACCGAAUGAAGACAAGUGGGCUACUGACUGUCCGUCAUGGGAAAAGUUUUCUUUCCCAGUGUUGGUUUUGGUCGUCGAUUUGUUGGUAAUUGUGCUCAUUGCUGUAUUAAUUGUCAUUUCGUUUGGGAUUUCUACCAAGGUGAUCUGGAGUGCGAUAAUAGCGCUGUCUCUUUACUUUUUCAUGACUAUGCGCAGAUGGAACGUAAAUAAAACAGGAACUCAUGCCGUUGAUGGUGGUUAUCGCAAUUGUUGUUUUUUUUUUAGGUUGGAUCAGGAGUAUUAGCAGGAAAAAUAGCCCCAUCCUGUAUUGCACAAGAGUUAUUGUGGACAGACCUUCAAAUUGAGUUCUUUUAUCAUUAG